AUGAAUGGGGACCUCAGUUUAUCGAGGGCCCUCGGAGGAUUACGAAUAGCAAAUCCAGACGAUGCGUCUCCGAACAAUCGCCAAAAUGUCGACGCACCCGCUCAUACCGAUCAACAAUACGAUGCCCCUUUAGCACCCUUGAACGACCCCAGCGCCGUACAAUCUACUUCCCCAAAUGCCUCAAAUCCUUCGCCUGAAGGUGUUCUGUCCUCAAUAUCUCACGGCCAGUCUCCCGAAGGGCUUCGCAACGCCCACCAUGCCCCUCAUGCCCAAGUCGAACCGCACCGAACAAGCCUCGGCACAGCCAUGCGAGCAGAUGCGUACCGGCAGCCCAUACCUGACUGCUCAGAUCCUGACAGAGCCCAAGGCAGUCGAUCUUCGGCAUCCCCGACAGCCCGUCCGAUGUCCGGCAUCUACGGCCACUCUCCCAUGCCGUCUGAUGAUGGACGGGGACUGCACCACCAAGCUGUGCCACAGAACGAACGAUCACGAUCUUCAAUGUAUGGCAUGCUUGCGAGGCAGAGUUCCGGCAAUGGCUCGAGCUAUCCGGGCUCCAUACCUACGAGAGAGCCAAGCCACAAGGACAGUUCUGUAAAUCCUGCUCGGCAAUCACAGCUGCCUCCCGGCUCCGGGCCGCUACCACCACGAAGGAGUUCUAAAGGCAUGGGCGCUAGCUAUGUAUCAGCCCAUGCAGGCACCCCUUCUCAACGAGAGUCCUACGUUCCUGAGAUGCCGUUACCCAACAGCAGCGAGGAGUGGAAGGAUCGUGGUGCCGCCGUCGGAGUACGGAGGGAAACAGACGCGAACGGAAAGACGAUUGUUCGACAUGUCAAAAAGGGAGUUAGGGACUUCAGUUUCGGUCGAGUACUUGGCGAAGGCUCGUACAGUACGGUCUACUUAGCCACUGAUCGACAGACGCUCAAAGAGUACGCCAUCAAAGUCCUGGAAAAGAAGCAUAUCAUCAAGGAAAAGAAGAUAAAGUAUGUCAACAUCGAGAAGAACACCCUGAACCGCCUCACCGAACACCCAGGCAUCGUGCGGCUCUACUACACAUUCCAAGACGAAGCUUCGCUUUACUAUGUCCUUGACCUAUGCAACGGUGGCGAGCUGCUCGGGGUACUCAAGAAGACAGGCACCUUUGAUGUAGAGUGUACACGGUUCUAUGGCGCCCAAAUUUUGGAUGCAAUUGACUAUAUGCACUCAAGGGGAGUCAUUCAUAGAGACCUCAAACCCGAAAACGUUCUUUUGGACGAUCAUAUGCACGUUAAGAUCACCGAUUUUGGCACCGCAAAGUUGCUCAAAGACCCCAGAGAGACACAGAACUCUGGUGAAGGGGCAAGGGGGCUGCCGGAGAGCAGUCGCGGCGAUGGAGAAGACGAAAGCCGUGCAGCUUCAUUUGUAGGGACUGCCGAAUACGUCAGCCCUGAACUUUUGACAAGCAAGAAUGCUUGCAAGGCGAGUGACCUUUGGGCAUUUGGUUGCAUAAUAUACCAGUUACUAGCUGGUCGGCCACCCUUCAAAGCCGGAACGGAAUAUCUCACGUUCCAAAAAAUUGUCAACCUAGAGUACGAUUUUCCAGCCGGGUUUCCGCCUGCAGCUCAGGAUCUAGUGGAAAGAUGCUUGGUUUUAGACCCAGCGCGGCGACUUACGGCCGAACAUAUCCAGAACCACGAAUUCUUUGACGGCCAGCAGUUUGGCAAAGGUCUUUGGAGAACCAAAGCUCCGCGGCUCAGGCCUUAUAACCCUGCACCGCAGGAACCAGCUCUGAUCCAGCUUAACAGCUCUACCGGCAGUCCCAACCCUGUUUCCACGAGAAAUUCACAGCCACCGCCGCAAAGCUCAGCAUUGAAUGGGAGCUCCCGGCCCACCAGAAUUAUUACAGAACUACCCCCCCCAACUCAGCUGGACAUCGAAUGGUCGCCGGUCCUAACACGCAAUAACGAAAGGAUUCUUAAGUUGGGUGACUUGAUGGUCGUUUCUAGUCCGUUACCCAACGGCUCUCAUGGCAAGAGUGGUGAGCACGAAGGCCACAAAAAAUUGUCACGAUUUUUCGGCGGCAGCACGACAAAGAAGAGACAAAGGCUGGUUAUGGUAACCUCUAGUGGUCGGAUACUGCUAGCACCAGCUGGAGGAGACGAAAAGCGCGCAAAGCAAGAGAUAUCGCUGCUUUCGCCUGAAUGUACAUGGAGGACGCAGCUCGAUGUGAAAGGACAAACCGUUUGGUGUGUCGAUGCGGGCGGCGUCCACUAUACGUUUGAGGAACCGAAGGGAAAUUCCAGCUCCCCUGACAGUGGCUCAGCCGCCAACGAUUGGAUAGAAUCUUUAGAGAGGGCCAAAGAAUUGGCCGUUUCUCAAAAUCUUGUCGGCGGUUACGUCAGCGAUAAUGGCUUUGCAGAUAUGUCAUCGGCAGUGUCAAGUCCAGCAAGCACGUUAGGUGGACGAGGAGCCUAUCCAGAGAGCUUCAGUGUCAGCGACCGGUCCGGCCGAAACCACCUUAGCAAAAGCCAGGCAAGCUUAGAAGACUCGUCUUCCACCAAGCGCAAUCGAUUCAGCAAACGACAGUCCAAAAAUGGACUGGGAGCACAAUUUUAG